AGGGUUUCUAAAAAAAAAUUCCAAGAAAUUAAGUUCGGUCUAUGGGAGAAGACAGUUCGAGGCGCCUCCCGCGCUGGUGGUUUGGAGGGGUUUGCGCUGCAAUCGCAGUCACCGGCACCCAUCCGAUUGAUCUCAUCAAGGUACAGCUGCAGACCCAAUCCCAAGCGGACCGGAAGACCGUGGGGGAGAUCCUUAAAGGCAUACACGAGCGGAGCGGAAUCUUGGGCUUUUACAAUGGCAUUUCGGCCUCCUGGUUUCGCCAGCUGACCUAUACCACCACUCGCUUCGCCUUGUACGAGGCCGGUAAGGACUACGUCGACACGCAAAAAGUUAGUUCCAAGAUGGCCCUGGCCACCUUUGCGGGAAUCGUCGGUGGGAUUGUGGGUGUACCCGGGGACGUGGUCACAGUGCGACUCCAGAACGACGUCAAGUUGCCGGAGGAGAAGCGACGUAACUACAAGCACGUUUUCGACGGCCUUUUCCGCAUCUACAAAGAGGAGGGCGUGUCCAGUCUCUUCCGCGGCACAGUGCCGGCCGUUUCCAGGGCAGUCCUGCUGACCAUCGGAACGAAUGCAGCCUACGACCAAGUAAAGCAGAUGCUCAAGAUCGCAACGGGGGCAGGAGAGGGAGUACCACUGCACUUUGCCACAUCCACGAUAGCUGGAUGCAUUGCCGUGGUGAUAACGCAGCCGCUCGAUGUGAUCAAGACGACUUUCAUGAACGCCCAGCCGGGGGAGUUCUCCGGGAUCGGAGGUGCUUUUCUGAGUACCGCCAAACAGGGCCCAUUGGCCUUCUACAAGGGAUUCAUUCCGGCCCUGAUACGAGUGUCACCCAAUACGAUUAUCACCUUCGUUUUGUACGAGCAGGCGCGAAUGCGAUUUGGAUAUCUGCCACCUGACAAGUAGGGAUGCCCCAAAAUUCGUAUCCAUUUGGCAUUUUUACAUAAAUUGUAUUUUAUACACGUGAUUUGAAAAUAUAGAAUCUUUCAUACCAGACCAUUG